GAUCCAAAGAGCAGCCGGUGGCGGGCAGACACCGGUCACUCGGCCGUAAACACAGCUGGAGCCGAUAUAAGGGCGCGUCCGGCGACUCAGCGCGGACAUCGCGACAGGCCCCGUGCACUGGGGCUGCACUGUCACGCCCUCUCAGCGUCUCACACACAGAGAAACAGGUCCGCCAUGAUGCGGUGGGUGCUGCUGGCCUCCCUGGCCGCCCUGGCCAGCUCGGUCUCCCCGCCAGACAUUCCCACCGACAUCGCCAAGUACGCCAUCUUCCUGGCCAACAGCAGCGCACAGGAGACGACCACCUUCACGCUGCAGCACACGGUCAUCAAGAUCACCAAACACUCGGCCGCAGAGUCGUCGGCGCUUGCCAAGAGCCGCGCGCCCAGGAUUAUCGUCACUGACGCGGCCGCCAAGGGCCUCGUAUGCGUGGGUGCUGGUCGCGUGCAGCUCACCCCUGCCGGUAAGGUUGUUGAGGCCGGCGAGGUGUCCACCGGUGCCGCAGCGAGCAGCGCUUCCGCGGCCGCGGGAGGCGACGAGUCGCACAAGGCCGAGGAGCUGAUUGUCGGUCAGGGUGACGGCGUCGUGGCGUCCGUGAGCUCCGCCGCCUCCGCGUCGGCGUCCGGUGGCGCUGCCUCGGCGUCCGCAGCUAGUGGAGGUGCCGCAGCCUCGUCCGCCGCGGGUGGAGGCGGUGCUGCCUCCUCGGCCGCAGCCGGUGAGGGAAGUGCUGCCUCUUCAGCUGCUGGUGAGGGAAGCGCUGCCUCUUCAGCUGCUGGUGAGGGAAGCGCUGCCUCUUCUGCUGCUGGCGAGGGAAGCGCUGCUUCUUCUGCUGCUGGUGAGGGAAGCGCUGCUUCCUCCGCGGCCAGCGAAGGCGGUGCUGCCUCUUCUGCCUCGGGCGAGGGAAGCCAGGCGACCGCGACUGGUGACAGCACUAGCACCAGCGCCGUCGGUACGGAGGGUGGCAUCAGCGUGGACGUCAGCGGCCAGGGCGAGGCGGCCGCCUACGGGGGCGGCGAGGGCGUCCACCUCAGCGGCAGCGGCAAGAUCACGCACAUCGAUGAGCGGUUCUGCACGUGCGUGCCCGACUACCUGUGUGACGACGAGGGCUACAUCAACACGGCCGGCGCCGGCCUCAUCGACAUCCGCUCCUUCUCCAAGACGAAGAAGACGAGGGCGUACGCCUCCAAGUGCAAGGAGACGGAGACGUGCUGCAAGCACCGCGACAACGAACAGAUCGGCUGGUUCCCGAGCGGCUGCGGUGACCGCUCCCCCAUCCCGCUCGACAGGCGCGUCGUCGGCGGAGAGGCUUCUGGUCUGGGCAGGUUCCCAUGGAUGGUGGCCAUUAUCCGCUCGAUCGCCAACGGACCCGACGAAUACGUGUGCGGCGGCUCCCUCAUCAGGGAAGAUGUCGUCCUCACCGGCGCCCACUGCGUCAACAAGCUGAAGGGCGAGCGUCUGAUCGUGCGCGCCGGAGAGUGGGACACGUGCAACGACGACGAGCUGUACCCGCACAUCGACAUCGAGGUGGCCAGCGUGAUCCAGCACGAGGGCUUCAACGCGGCGACGCUCUACAACGACGUGGCACUGCUGCAGCUGGUCCACGGCGUCGAGGUGCAGCAGCACAUCAACACCAUCUGCCUGCCGGACCCCCAGUUCAGCGUGGACAUCCACCUGGACGAGUGUGUGGCCACCGGAUGGGGCAAGGAGUCCUUCGAGAACAGCCAGUACACCAACAUCCUGAAGGAGGUGCCGCUGCGCGUGGUGGGUCACGACGCCUGCCAGGAGGCUCUGCGCACCACGCGCCUCGGCAAGUGGUUCAAGCUCCACGAUACGUUCACAUGCGCCGGCGGAGAGCCUCAUGUGGACACGUGCAAGGGCGACGGCGGCUCCCCACUCGUCUGCCGGAUCCCCUCAGAGUUCCCCGGGGAGGACAAGUUCGUCCAGGUCGGCAUUGUUGCCUGGGGCAUCGGCUGCGGCAAGGACGGCAUCCCGGGAGUGUACGCCGACGUCCAAAAGCUGCUGCCCUGGAUCCACGAGCACAUGCCGCACUCGGACGAGUACCCGUGAUCGGCCGCCGGUCGCCCCACGCGCCCAGUUGCCCACCAUCGCGUCGGCCAGUGUUUACCGAUCGCUCAGCGCCUGGCCGGUCGGACGGGGGCCCGAGCCGGGGACGGCAGACGGUCACCGCCGCGGUCUGGGAAUAAACACUGGGCAGCCGACCGACCGAUUUGGGCCCAAAUGUGACCCGGUGUUCGUAUACAGCUUGCGACACGGCGACGAGGAGCGGGCGAUGGCCGCUGGACGGCUUAGACAAAAAACGGCAACUGGCGCGAUAGGGAGUUCCAGCCGGCCGCAGCGAGUCGUUUUGUUUUUCUUCCAGAGAUGUGUGAAAUGUGCUCAGAAAUACAUGCAGAACUGUCA